AAAAGCUGUAUCUAGUCAUGGACACUCUCAUUAACUCAAACCUUCGCGUAAUCGGAAAUCCUAGUUCAUUAGAAGCCACAUUAUUCGUGCUAUAGAUAUUUUUAAAAUUCGUGUUACUGCUCGUGAGCGGUUGUGUCCAACUAAUUGCUGACACAUGGAAUCUUACUUCUGAAUAAAAAAGCUGUAUCUAGUCAUGGACACUCUCAUUAACUCAAACCUUCGCGUAAUCGGAAAUCCUAGUUCAUUAGAAGCCACAUUAUUCGUUUGGGCAGGACACAAUCGACAGAGUUUUUGCUCCAAGUUCUGUAAAAUUUCAAGCCGAUACUACAAACUUAGAAGUUGGGCUUGUCAAGGUGGCGAUCGUCAUACAAAGAAAAGAGUCUUACAUGUAAAUUCAUCCAACUUGAAGGAUCAACAGUAUACAUCAAGGAUGGUUGGCCAGGAUGAUCCACAGGGAACAAGAAACAUGGAGUGCUCAAGAAAAAUGGUUUUCAUGCCGAUACUUGAAGAAGGUGUUUAUCGUUUUGAUUGUGAUGGGGAUGCAAGUAAAGAAGCAUUCCCAAGCAUAUCAUUUUUGAAUCCUAGAGCUAGAGAUGCUCUUCUGGAAGUUUCUUUGCACAAGGUGCCAGAUUACAUUCCAUUUUGCGAGUGUGAGCAUGGCCAACAAGUUGUUACUCUUGAGCUUCCACAUGGCUCUUCUUUAUACGGUACUGGAGAGGUUAGUGGUUCCCUUGAGCGGGCAGGCAAGCGGGUAUUUACAUGGAACACUGAUGCUUGGGGUUAUGGUGAUAGUACGACAUCUCUAUAUCAGUCUCAUCCAUGGGUUUUGGCUGUUUUUCCAAGUGGGGAAUCUUAUGGAAUUCUUGCUGACACUACAAGGCGGUGUGAGGUGGACUUGCGAAUUGAAUCAACCAUUAAAUUUUCAGCUCCAUCAUUCUAUCCAGUUAUCACAUUUGGUCCAUUACCAUCUCCAGCAGCAGUUCUGACAUCCUUGUCCCAUGCUAUUGGAACUACAUUUAUGCCGCCAAAAUGGUCUAUUGGCUACCAGCAAUGUCGAUGGAGCUAUGACACCGAUUCUAGGGUUUUUGAGGUAGCAAAAAGUUUUCGAGAAAAGAAACUGCCUUGUGAUGUCAUAUGGAUGGACAUUGAUUACAUGCACGGAUUUCGUUGUUUCACAUUUGAUCCCGAGCGAUUUCCUGAUCCACAAUCUCUGGCAAGCAACCUGCAUGGUGAAGGUUUCAAGGGUGUUUGGAUGAUUGAUCCUGGUAUAAAAAACGAGAAGGGAUAUUUUGUCUAUGACAGUGGAUGCUCAACUGAUGUAUGGGUUCCACAGGCAGAUGGUAAUCCAUAUGCAGGGGAAGUCUGGCCUGGGCCGUGUGUUUUCCCUGAUUUUACCCAAGCCAAAACUCGAACAUGGUGGUCAAAAUUAGUUAGCAAUUUUGUUUCAAAUGUUGUUGAUGGUAUAUGGAAUGAUAUGAAUGAACCUGCUGUUUUUAAGACUGUGACAAAAACCAUGCCUGAAAGCAACAUCCACAGAGGGGAUGAAGAAUUGGGUGGGCAGCAGAAGCAUUCUCACUAUCACAAUGUUUAUGGCACAUUGAUGGCAAGGUCCACGUUUGAAGGAAUGCUGCUAGCAAGUCCCAAGAGACGGCCCUUUGUUUUAACCAGAGCUGGAUACAUAGGCAGUCAAAGGUAUGCUGCAACAUGGACAGGAGAUAAUCUUUCAACUUGGGACCACCUACAUAUGAGUAUUGCCAUGGCCCUGAAUCUGGGGCUUAGUGGACAACCAUUUUCAGGACCUGAUAUUGGUGGUUUUGCUGGAAAUGCAACGCCUAGGCUGUUUGCAAGAUGGAUGGGAAUUGGUGCUAUGCUUCCAUUUUCUCGUGGACACAGUGAACAAGGAACAAAAGACCACGAACCAUGGGUUUUUGGUCCUGAGUGUGAACAAGUUUGUCAACUUGCACUUCAAAGGCGGUAUAGAUUUCUACCACAUUUAUACACACUCUUCUAUUUGGCUCAUACAAAAGGAGAGCUUGUGGUAUCUCCACUUUUCUUUGCUGAUUCUAAAGAUCCAAACUUACGGAAUGUUGAAGAUACAUUUUUACUGGGCCCAAUUCUAGUGUCUGCCAGUACUGUACCAGAAAUGGGAUCUGACUCAAAAAAACACUUUCUUCCUAAGGGUGUUUGGAGGCGUUUUGAUUUUGAUGAUAGCCAUCCUGAGCUUCCAUUGUUGUAUUUGCAAGGUGGAUCUAUUGUUCCAGUAGGUCCCCACAUUCAACAUACAGGUGAAGCAAAGCUCACUGACACUCUAACACUCCUUGUGGCUCUAGACGAGCAAGGAAAAGCAGAAGGAAUAAUUUUUGAAGAUAAUGGUGAUGGAUAUGAAUACCAGCAAGGACAAUUCCUUUUGACAUAUUAUGAAGCAGAGUUAUCUUCCUCUACAGUUUCUGUAAUAGUUUCUAGAACUGAAGGAUUAUGGAAGAGGCCAAAACGUAAAUUGCAUGUGCAAUUGCUGCUUGGUGAGGGAGCCAAGAUUGAGGCAUGGGGCCAAGAUGGAGAAAAGAUAAAAUUUGAGGUUCCUCCUGCAGCUGAGGUUGAGAACCUUGUAGCUGAAAGUCAGAAACAGUACAGCAUAAAGAUUGCCCAAGCAAUUCGCCCUCCAAAUGAAGAAGAGCACCAUGCAGAAAAGGGAACUGAACUCUCUAGGACCCCUGUUGAUCUUGAGAGUGGUGAGUGGCGUCUCAAAGUAAUUCCUUGGAUUGGGGGUCGCAUGAUCUCAAUGACCCAUAUUCCAUCUGGCACCCAAUGGUUACACAGUAGGUUGGAAAUAAAUGGAUAUGAGGAAUACAGUGGUGUUGAGUAUCGUUCUGCUGGUUGUUCUGAGGCAUACACUGUUAUCAAGCGAGAUCUUCAGCAAGCAGCAGAAGAAGAGUCCUUGACCUUAGAAGGUGAUAUUGGAGGUGGUUUAGUCUUACAGCGUGAAAUUUGUGUUCCAAAGUCUCGUCCAAAAGUUGCUCGGAUUGAGUCAAGCAUUAUUGCAAGGAGUGUAGGUGCAGGUUCUGGAGGGUUUUCAAGAUUGGUAUGUCUCCGGGUACAUCCAAUAUUCGUCCUCAUCCAUCCAACAGAGGUGUGUGUAAAGUUCACAUCUGUAGAUGGAAAAGAAUGUGAAAUUGGCUCAGAAAUGGGAGAAAAAAUGCUGGAAGCAAACUCUCGGCCUAAUGGGGAAUGGAUGUUGGUAGACAAGUGCCAAGGUCUCGCUUUAGUGAACCGAUUUGAUCCCAAUCAAGUGUCUAAAUGCUUGCUUCACUGGGGUGCUGGCACAUGUAAUUUAGAACUUUGGUCUGAAGAAAGGCCAGUUUCUGGGGACAAUCCUUUGAGUAUAUAUCAUGAAUAUGAGGUAAUUGAUUUUCAAAGUCCAUGAAAAGGAGGUUCCUACCAUGAUUGAUUUUUUCUCUUGAGAGAUGGUAUUUUAUAAGCCUUUUAGUAAAUUUAUAAUGGAACAGCUAAAUUUCUUAACCUGAGUCUACAACCAGAAGGUCAAUUAUGCUGUGGCUUCCUGUUUCACACUCUUUGGAUAUCAAUUAGUAUGAAAAUCUUUCAUGAAAUUUGAUAAUCGUGAGAGGUUACAUCUGUUGAGGUUAUUUUGGAAACAAACACCUCUUGUUAUAUGUACAUUAAGAAUUAUAUGAUUGGCAAUCAUACAAUAAGGGACAAGAAUUCUUACAAUACUCAGUAAAUAUCAAUAAGUAUUUUGGGUAGCUUAAAA